AGGGAUUUUAAGUUAAAAAAUCCAUAUAACGGGGUAUUCAUUGGAACGGGGUAUUCAUUGUCCUAUUAGAACAAGGAAUCAAUGAACUUCAAAUCUAGUUAAUACCUAAACCGGACAGGAUUCAGUUGACCUCACCAACCAACUUCCAAGUAGUAAGACGAAAUUGUACCCUUACGUCAGAAUCUAUAUAACUCUUUCCCACUUUUCUGUCUCUCUUUCACUUUUCUUCUGAAUCGAUCUUACCUCUACCUCCAUACUACUUCAUAUUUAAAUCAACUUUUAAAUAGAUUCAGAAUCUUUAUAUCUCACGCAGACAAUAUCUCUCCGUGGGUUUCGGUAGAACCCAUGUCUCAUAACCUAAUCAAUAGAAACAUAGCACUCUAUGCUGUGUUAAUCACGUUCUGUUUCUUGUUCUGUUCUGCCAGAAACAUACCGGAGGUAUCCACAGCUAAAGCAACUCAAACAAUAGACGUCAGCAACGCCACGUGGCAUAAUUUCGCACGUCUUGUAGAUGUCCAGGUAGGCAGCCACGUCAGCGGCGUAUCAGAACUCAAAAGAUACCUCCACCGUUUCGGCUACGUAAAAGACGACGCGACGGACUUCUCCGACGUGUUCGAUGGUCAUCUUGAAUCCGCGAUAUCUCUGUACCAACAAAACCUCGGUUUACCGAUAACCGGAAGACUCGACACGAGUACCGUCACUCUCAUGUCGUCACCGCGUUGCGGCGUUAGCGAUACACACAUGAUCGACACCGGCGUGUACACUACGGCGCGUUAUACGUAUUUCGGCGGUAAGCCUAAGUGGAACCGCGACACGCUAACAUACGCCUUCUCGGAAAUACACAAACUCGAUUACUUGAACUCCGACGACGUUAAAAAAGCUUUCCGACGAUCUUUUGGUCGGUGGGCGAGCGUGAUUCCGGUGACUUUCGAGGAGACUGAUGAUUACUCCUCGGCGGAUUUAAAGAUCGGAUUUUUCUCCGGCGAUCACGGUGACGGGCAGCCGUUUGACGGUGUUCUCGGAACCUUAGCUCACGCCUUUGCGCCGGAGAACGGGAGGCUUCACCUUGACGCGGCGGAGACAUGGGUCGUUGACGAUGACUUCAAGGGUAAAGGAUCGACGGUGGCGGUUGAUUUGGAGUCGGUGGCGACUCACGAGAUUGGUCACUUGCUGGGGUUAGGACAUAGCUCGCAGGAGUCGGCGGUUAUGUAUCCGAGUGUCCGGCCGAGGACAAAGAAAGUUGACCUUACGGUUGAUGACGUGGCGGGUAUACUGAAGUUGUAUGGGGCGAAUCCAAGAUUACGGUUGGAUUCUCUGACGCAGUCGGAAGAUUCUCUACAAAACGGCGCUGUAUCAGGGAGAUUCUUGUCGGGGAAUUUUACCGGUUAUGUUCUGCUGGUUGUGCUGAUUCUGUUCCUAUAGGUUUUCAGGAAAAUAUAGUCUGAAAAAGCAAAUUGUAUAAAUAUAAAAAGGUGUAGGGGAAAGGGAUGGAUAUAGUGGAAAAUGAUAUUUUCCAUGGUCUAUAGGAUUAUUAUUCUUUGGUUUAUUAAUUACUUUGGGUUAAUGUACAUCAUUAUCUUAAAAAUUGAAAGAUGAAGAUGUUUAACAUCAUCGGUG